UUGCCUGCAUCCGCGCUGUGACGUCACGCAUUGAACUUUGUCACCCGGAAGAGAGGAGGGUCGAUGUGUGGAUUGUUUACAUUUGCUGGAGCUCGUCGAAAAUGAAUCCUCCGAUGAUCAACUCGACCAACUCCGUUUCAACAACAAAAAGGAAACGAGAGGCCGAGCGCUCCGUUAACUGGACGGUGGAGGAGACUCAGGUGCUGCUGUGCGCCUGGAGCGACGAACGCGUCCAGAAGAGUUUGGCAGAAAACCUCCGCAACCGCCAUGUCUUCAAACACCUCUCGGCCCGGAUGAGUGAAAUGGGUUUCUCUCGGAGUCCGCACCAGUGCCGGCUCCGGGUCAAAACUCUGAAAGCUAACUACGUGAGAGCCAAGCUACAGAGGAGCGUUGACAGCUCACAGCCGUGUAGUUUUAAAUAUUUUGCAGAGAUGGAUGCCGUGUUGGGCAGGAGGUCAGCAGGAGUGGAAGGAGGGCCCUAUUUUGUUUCUCCAGAAAGGGUGGAAGGGCUUCACGUGGACUCUGUUGACAGGACAGGAAGUAUCCCUCCGGAUUUAAACUCUAACACGGAGAUCGGUGGUCAUAGUUUCGGUUCUUUGGGGAGAACCGGAAGAAGCUGCCAGUCAUGGCAGCUCAACUCUGAAGUCAAGUUGGAGAACAGAGAAGAUUCGACGGAUGAGUUUGAGUUCAGUGACGCAGGAUUCACACAACAUCCCACAGACAGACGCCAUGAAGUUUAUUUAGAGUCAUCCAUCCAUCCUGAACCUGCCGGUACACCAGUAGAAAACAGCCUGAGCACUCCUUCCCCACAUGUAGCACCACAUCCACCGGUUCCUCCUCCUCUUCCUCAGCCCGACGCCUCCCCUCUCCCUACACCGCCAGAUCCAAGUCCUGGCCCCCUCCCCACCUCUGGCCACCAACACCCCGAGUCCUCCUGCCUGGAACCAGUCCUCAAACACCUGUCGGAGUGCUUCCAGCGGCUGGUGUCGGAGACCCGCGGCCUGCUGGUGCAGCUGGAGAGCCAGAGGCAGGAGCAGGCUCGCUGGCAUCGGGACCUCCUCGCCGAUUGGCUACAGAGGGAGGAGCGCCGGCAGAGGGAGACGGCUGAGAGGGAAGAGAGGAGGGAGAAAGCUCGCAUGGAGCAUGAGAUCAGGGUGCUGGAGCUCCUUACUAGCCUAGCGAGAGAACAAGGGUGUCGGUGCGGAGGCGGCCAGACUGUAGCGGUGACACCGACCGGUCCAAAUCACACCAUCACCAAGGACGGACAUUAGCAUACGCUUCGAAGGAUUUUUGCAAACUGGAACAAGCUCAGGUGGAACAAAAUAACAGCAGUUAUAAUGCAAAUAGCUGCGUUCAAGGAGGGCUUCGGUUUGGAUUGCAGUGAGAUUUUUAAUGAACCAAAUACAGGAAAAGACUUGAAAUCCAGGGAUUUAUAAGUAGAAGAAUGUUGACAUUUGACAGCCAUCGAUUACUCGUUCUCAGAAAGCCUUGUAGAAGAAAAUCAGUCUGGAAUGAUGCACAUUGUUCAUUUUUAAUGUCUUUUAUUAGAGAGAAGCACAAUAUAAUCGCACACCGAGCUAAGCCGCUUGAGUCAUCGUGUGAAUUUUCUUUAGAUUCUCUUUGUCACUUGUAAUUAAGCAUCGUGACCCUAAAUUAAACAGAUUUAAAAAAAAAAAAAAAAAAAAAAGACUAUCGUAUUUCGACUCGGCUUCAGACCAAAGAAAACAAACAGUUGAGAUGUUCUCUAAAUAGAUGCAGGCUUUGGAAGGAAGAGCAGUGGCCCCGAUGAAGAUUAUCCAGCUGGAUGUGUUCUUCCUCUCUCUUCUUCCUAACAACGCCUACAAGGAAAUUUCUCAAGUGUGACUUGAUUGUACCAGAUGUAAUGAUAUUGUUUUAUGCACUUUUAUAUAAAUUAAAGAUCAGACAUUUUCAACCA